AUGGGGGAACUGGCGGUUCUGGAGGGUGUUGUGGCCGGCAGUGGCCUGGUCUCGGGAGCGCCAAAAGUUGUCCAGGCGAGGGAGACUUUCUAUUACCAGCAACCGACGGCCGUUUGCUUUGUCGACUUUGCCGCCGCAUUCGAUCCCAUCCUUCGUGAGUCCCUGUGGCGAAUAAUGGAACUGGAUGGAGUGCCG